AUGAAUGAUAAUCAAUGCUGUGAAUAUUGUAGACUACAAUGGACAAGUGAAAAGAAGGUGAUCUGUCCAAAGUGUCACCAAAGAUGGAAUAUCUAUUAUCAGUUUUGUCUUACUUGUGAUCUCACUCAAUGGAAAAGUGGGAAUAAUAAAAUAGAUGAGCUUAUUAAAGAAGAUCAACUUAAAUUUGAUGAUAAUUUUGUUGUUGGGUUGCUUGAGUGGAUUCCUUAUGAGGACUUUAGUGAAAUAAAAUAUGUUGCUAAAGGAGGGUUUGGCAGCAUAUCAAAAGCGGUCCGGAAGUCGGGAUUCAGAUAUUUUGAUGAAGAAAAAAGAAAAUUGGUUAUAAAAGCAGAACCAAUGCCUGUUGCUCUAAAGACUAUAUCCCAAUCAAGUGAUGCAAAUCUUAAUAUUAUUCACGAAGAGGUUCGAAAUGCAAUUGAAGAAUGGAAUGAAGGAGAAUUUAUAACGAUAGGAAACAGACAAUUAAAAAAGAAGUCUGAAACUCACGAAGGCGCGGUAUACACAAGUAGAUCAAUCUCAAAACUCGAAACAGCAGACACUUAUGUUACACGACAAGUCGCCGAUUGUUCGAUCGAUAACGAUAAUCAAUUUGUCAAUUAA